AUGAUGAGAAACCAGCCAUCGGAAGAGUCAGGAGAAGAGGUCUGUAGGUGGAGGGAAGGAAAGGUCUCAGCCGUGGCCAUUGCUGCUGGAGCAUCACUUGCCAGGGCAGAGAGAUCGUCUGGGGCAGCUGGGCCAAGAGAUGGAUCAAGACUCCCUCCGAGAUUACCCAACCCUCCCUCCUCACCCCCUUCAUGCAGACUCCUCCUGCCCUUUGUCCUCACCUGCAGCAGAGUCACUCCACAACUGUCCCCUUGCUCCUCUGCUCCCCACGUUGGCCCCACAUUUUCUGAGCUUACUCCGUCUUCUUUGGCCUCAGAGCCUUAG